AUGCCGCCCGGAAGCCAGAGCCACAUCUCGCGCGUGGCGCCCCCAGCCAGCCAGGCCCCUCAAAUGAGAGCUGCGCCCAGGCCAGCAUCAGCAGCUCAGUCGCCAGCUGCAGCCCCGCCAGCUGCAGUGGGCUCACCUGCUGCAGCACCCCGGCAGCCAGGUCUGAUGGCCCAGAUGGCAACCACUGCGGCAGGUGUGGCUGUGGGCUCUGCUGUGGGGCACACACUGGGCCAUGCCAUCACGGGAGGCUUCAGCGGAGGGAGUGCUGUGGAGCCCUCAAAGCCCUAUAUCGCCUACCAGGAGCCUCAGGGAACCCAGCCAGCUCAGCAGCAGCAACUUGGUGGCCCUUGCUUUUAUGAAAUAAAACAAUUUUUGGAGUGUGCCCAGAACCAGGCUGAUGUUAAGCUCUGUGAGGGUUUCAAUGAGGUGCUGAAGCAGUGCAGAAUUGCUAACGGAUUAGUCUAAUCGAGAGACUCAAAUUGAAGAAAUGGAAAAUUGGCUC